UUAAGGAAAUUUCUACAUUUGUUAGGGAAUUUUUUUUUAAUGAGCUGUGAAAAGUCAAUCAUGUUACAAUGACACAAAAUCUUAAAGAUCUCAAAGAUAAAAUCUUGCAUAAAAUACAAAGCAACCUAACAUCCUCAAAAGCUGCCAGGGUCCUAUUUUAUCCCACCUUGUUAUUGAAUGUAAUAACUGUUGGUUUUAGUAAGAAGAAGAGAUGGUAUAACAGAAUUGAUGAAAAUGUGGUGCUAGGUGCACUACCCUUUCGAGUCAUUACCCCAGCUCUUAUUAGGGAGGAAAAUAUUGGAGGAGUUGUGACUCUUAAUGAAGAAUAUGAAACAAAAUAUUUAAUGUACUCAAAAAAGGAAUGGCUAAAGUUGGGUGUGAUACAUUUGCAGUUGCCAACAGUAGAUUUCAACAAUGCACCUAAAUAUAAUGAAUUGAAGCAAGGAGUAAAGUUUAUUAAGCAAUUUGACGGCAAGAAAAAAAGUUGCUAUGUACAUUGUAAAGCUGGAAGAGGAAGAAGUGCAACAUUGACUGCAUGUUAUUUGAUUGAGAUGUAUCACUAUUCUCCAUCUGAGGCUGUCGCCAUCCUCAAGUCAAAAAGACAACAAACUCUUUUAGGCUCAAAUCAGUUGUCCUCAAUAGAUGAUUACUAUGAACGCUUUCAGGAGAGAAAUAAUAAAAACUGAGGGAAUUAUCAAUAAUGUAUCUUAAAUUCAUCACGUUUUGUGUAUGUAAGGUGCAUAUUUAUCUUAAUUAACCAAUCAGGAUCAAGCAUUUGUAAUAUAUAAAAAUUCAUUAAGUUCCGGUCAUGUGAUUGCGUUUGCUUAAGUAGCAAGAGAAUAUUUAACUUUUGUUUGUCACGAAAGUGUUUCGCUUUAUUCGCACUCAAAUACUUCUGGUUGUAAAGAUUAUUUCAAAGUAAAGUAACGUUACAAAGGAAAA